AUUUAUGCGUACUUGGUGAUUAGGUCAGCCAGUCGAAGAGCUGAAACAUCUCUUCUCACAGGUGGAUGAUGGUUGAAUUCUUUAAGGAAAACAAAGAUGCCGGCACCGUUAUCUACAUUUGUUUUGUUGAUAUUCACUGCAAACUUUGUCGAAAUAUUAUUUUAUCACAAUGUUAGCCCAUGUCUUUCUUGAGACUCGCUUAAUUCGUUACUUAUCACGAACCGAAUGAGGUCAAUAGUUCCAGAAUUGCAGGAAACCCCUCGCAGACUCCGAUAAUUUUCUAAAAUGUAAACAAACUUAAAGCUCCAAAUAUACUAGUUAGACUCUAUAAUCACUUGUAAAUAUGGUUGAACCUGAAAUACAGGCCUCCUCCAUGUCAAUUGACGCGCAGGAAAAUGAGGUCACUGAGCUACAAGAGGCUGACAAUUUGUCAACAAAUGAAAAUAAACAGAUGGAUGGAGAGAUUGAAGAAACGAACGAAGAUGACAUCGAUGAUGCAACUUCUUCUGACAUUACUCUUCAGUUGAAUGAAGAACUGCAAGCCGGAUACAAGAUUCUUACAGACCUUAUGUCACAUGCUAAGAGAAAUGCAAACUGGCCAUUUAUGGAGUCAGUUGAAGUUUCAGCUCCAGAUCUCUUUGAAGUUUAUAAGCAACGCAUAGAAAAACCAAUGUGGUUAAAAUUAAUGAAACAAAAGUUUGAGGAAGAUCAGUAUACAACUAUUACAGAGUUUGUAUCCGAUUUUCGUCUAAUGUUGGAAAAUUGUUACCGAUUCAACGGACCAGAUCAUUACAUUUCUAAGAGGGCACAGAAAAUGGAGACAAUGCUUGAACAAAAGCUAGCACUGUUGCCAAGGGAUUUUAGAGAGAAGACAACCAUUGAGGCAACCACUGAUCAAAAAGCUGAAGGCAGUUCUGGAGGAUUUGGCUUAAGACGAAGGCCCAAAUCCCACGUUCUUCAUGACUCCACUUACUUGCUGAACCAGUUACGUGAGGCGGAGUACCAGAAAAAGCGGGAGUACAGAAUCCGGCAGAUAAUGGCACGGCGAGCCGAGCGAGAGGCUCUAGCACAGGAAAUAAUGGACUGGGAAGAUAAUGUUCUGUUUGAAGGUCAAAAAGAGACGAUGAUGGCAAUGUGGGAGUUGCCACAGAUAGGCCUGUUCUUGUUUCUGUGCCAAGCUCAGCUGAACAUUGGUGAAGUGAUGCAUUUUGAGCUGGAGCGUUGUUUUAUGAUGGCACGAGAAAGUUCGACCUUACAACUUAUCAUGACCUCACUUCUCAGUACACCUUUCCAGAGACUGAAGAUUGACAAGAAGAAUUUGAUGCCAUACAAAGUGUGGGAACAGAAACUUAGAGUGAAGUUACAGAGCUGGUAUAAGGUGUAUACAGAUAAUGAUCGGGAUGUUGAAAAGACAUGUUUGAGACUAGGUAUAGACGAGGAGUUUUUUCAUGUUGUUGGUACAAAGAAUCCCCUGGAAAGGAAGAGAUAUCAUGAGUUGAGUUUCUACAGGAAAGUGUGGAUCAUGAAAUCCCUCUGUGAUCAUUGCUUGCAUACACAAGACUCUCUGCGUGAGACUAUUGAGAUUCAACCAUUUGAGGACCAGCGAGAGUAUUUACUGGGAACAGACAACACUGGUCAGAGAUAUAUACAUUUCCCACAAUUCUGUGGAGCAGAUGUACGUGUGUACAGACAGGCUCCUGUAAAAUAUCCGAAAAUUGAGAUUAGGCCUGAUCCGUUCGAUAAUAAAAGAAAGUUUCCCUUUGUUUACAAACCACCUCCAAUGAAGAAAGUAAAGUUGAAAAAGAAGAAGCGUCACAGUGCAUCAAAACAAUCGUCGCCCAGUAAACAAACCUCUGAAAAUGUAUCACCCAUGUCAUCACCAAUGAGACAGCGACCCAGCAGACUUAGACAGGCACCAAAAUCUGUUGUCCCUCUACAGCUGUUAGAAGAUGCAUCUGUCACAGAGUCCUCCUCAUCCUGUGAGUCUGAAGUUGAAGACCAAAGUGCCGUCGAGGACCAAGAGCCAGAUGGUAACAGUCCUGCUCGUAUUUCUACGCCAACGCCCGAGAAAGAUUCAGACACUAACCAACAGCUUGACGAUCAGUCUGUGGAUAGACUCAGUUCAGGCAGUGACGCUACCCUUCCAUAUUGUGAUAAUAGUGAUUCAAACAGUAAUAUAAGUUCUAGGGAUAUAUCUCGUGACUCAAGUCCAUAUCCCUCGUGUUCCGAUCUCAAUUUACGUUUCAGUUCUCAAAUAGAUAGGUCAAGUGAUGUUUCUCAGGAGUCGAGCCCGUGUAUGUCUCCGGCUGACUUUGGUCUCCGCCGCAGCUCAAGGUUUGACAGGUCAAGUGACACUUCCAGGGAUGCAAGCCCUCUUAUAUUUGACUCAGACUUCGGUUUAAGAAGGAGCAGCAGAAAUAGGGCAAGGUUGAAAAAUAUACCACCUUUGAAAGCGACACGGAAUUUGUCAUCUUUUCUGUUUGAUGAGAAUUCCGCCUCGGCAUCGAACUCCAGUAUAACUGGUGAUAAUAGUUUGUUAGAAAUGAAAACAUCAAUGUUCAAGGAUGAUUCAAUGUCUAGAAGGAGUUCAAAGUCAAGCGAGUUAACGGAGGAUAGUAAUGACUGUGAUAUUCAUGCAAAUAAACUUUUCGCAAAUUCCAAAACAUCAGAACCUGAUUUGAAUUUGAGUGCUAGUUUUCAUGGAAUGCUUAAGAAAGUAAAUAAAGAUAACAAACUUGAAAAUAUUCCUGUUCCUGGUGGUAGUAAUGAUGAUGAUGAUGAUGAUAAUGAUGAUGAUGAUAAAGAAUGUGGAGAUAAUGAAGCAUAUGAUAAAAAAGAUGCAAAUAACGAGGAUGAGACUAAAAAAGAAAGCCUUGUUACAGAUGAAGAAAUGGUUGAGACAGAAAAAAAUAUAUGCAAAGAAAUUGACAGUGUAAAUAAUAAUAAUAAUAUAAAUAUGCUACCUGAAAAAUUGCAAGAUUCGCUGCUUGUAGAAGAAAAUUCAUCUAGGGAAACAAUGGAUGUAAAAAAGCAUAACACUAAAGACAUUUCUGAUUAUGGUGUAGACUUUGACAUGUCUGAGACUGCAGUAGAUAAAGAUUCAGACAUUGACAAUGAAGAUGUUAAUGAAGUAAUUACGGGUAUUGUAGAUAAAGGUGUGACUGAAUUGAUGGACCAUUCUGAAUAUGUUCAAGUGGAAAUAUCAAACAAAGUUACAGAGAAAAAUGAUGUUGAUCUUCCUAAUGAGUUGGUGACUGAAACAAAUGUUAGUUUAAUUAAUGAUACAGAUGGUUUUAUAAAUGAUAGUUUAGGUAAUGCGACAAAUAAUGGUAUUGAUAAAAUUAAUACUUGUGAAGAAAUGAAUAUGGAAGUAGACCCAUUAAGAAUUGUUAAAGAGAAUGAAGAAAGCUUUGAAAAUGCAAAUGUUAAUAAUGAAAAAGCUAAAUUGAAAAAUGAAAUGGAUGUUAUGGAUGAGGAUAGUGAAAACAGUGAGAAAGAAGAUAAUAAAGUCGAGCUGAAGUCAGAACUGUCUGCACAAACAAAUGCAGAGAUAGGGGGAAAUGUAAGAGCUGAGAAAGAAAAAGGUGAAGUCAAAGACACGAGCGGGAAGAUAAAUGGAAAGAUUAAAACAGAUUUUGAUUCUUUGAAAUCUGAGAAUAGUAAGGUUAACAUAAAAACAGAAACAGAUGAUCCUGAAACUGGAGAUACUACAGAAGGAAUAGAAAAGGAUUCACAAGCAGCUGACGGUGAUGGGAAAGAAAAAAUGGAGGAAAGUGAGGAGGAAGAAGAGGACGAAAAGCUCCCAGAUCCGAAACAGUUUGAGAUGGUAGCUGACAGCGUAGAGGAGGUACGGAAGCUAGCCGAACAAUUUGCCGAACCAGAACCGAUUGUUAUUAAACGGGGGAAAAAGUCACAGAUCCAGAAACCGCCUCCACGUAAGAAGAAUAUUGUGAUAUUACAUGAACGGCUACAGUUUCUACUGAAAGAAUUAGAACCCUGGGAGUCUAAACUUCAGCAAGCAUCAAAACGAGCAAGACUUCGUCUACGGAAGGAAAUGGAAGAUUAUAUACUGAAACCCCCGGAAGAAAAGACGGACAAUUGGAAGUCGUCUGACGAGGAGACAGAGUCCGGAGAAUCUGACGUAGAGGAAGAGAAAAAGACGGAAGAUGAUACUAAAAAUAAACAGAAAAGUACUGAUGAUAAGGCAUCUGCUUCUAAUUCCAGAUGCAGCACGCCAGUAAAACCCUCCGAUGAAAUAGAUGAAAUUGAUAUAAGUCAUCGAGGCCGACUUAGAAAACGUAGAAUUAUACCUAACAACGUGGAAGAUCAGCUCGCUGCGAAGAAACCAAAACCCGUGAAGACGGAAAAUGCUCAGGCUACUCCGACAACAAGUCAACCGGUUAUUGUUCAGAGCGGGAAAACGCAACUCGUUGAUUAUGCUGACAUCAUACGUCAGUUAAAGAACACCGGAGGAAAUACACCAAUAUUAAUCAAAACCACCCAAGGCGGUAGAACGGUUCUGACCAGUGUUUUACCAGUGAAUUCAAACAAUAAUACUAAUUCUACUACAACCUCCGCCCCUGCUGUACAGACUGUAAGAAUUGUUUCCCCUAAUUCGGUCGCUCAGCAGAUGGCGGCAGGUACGAUACAACCACAGGCUUUGAGGAUUGCUGUGACUGGCGGUGGAUUCCUGCCAGCCACUUCAAAGGCGCUCCAGCAUCCAACCAUACAGAACCUACUGGCUGGAACUGUGGCAGGCACCAAACUCUUACCUAAAACCUCAACUGCUGUUUCUGUAACAGGGACAGUGUUACCAACAGGUCAACCCACAGUGUUACCUCCUACACCAGAAAAAUUAAAUCUUCAGAAAUUAGUUCUGCCCAACCAAACAACACCACAGAAAGUAGUCCAAAGCCCUGUUACUACACCAAGAAAAAUAGCUCCACAUACAACAGCCUCUUUAGCCUCAGGAAAACUUAAAGCAAAAUAUUACGCAGCAAAUGCCAGCACUCUGCCAAUUAACGUGGUGGAGCAGUUGAUAGCAACAAGAGGAGCUAAAUUGUCACAAGGAGCUUACAAUCAGAGUAUCCUGUUAAUACCAAUGGAAAGUGAAGGUCAAACAAGAAAUGUUGUUUCAACUUCUCCUGUGACAUUGACAAAAUCUCAACUGUCUCCUGCCAUAAGUCCUGAUGACGGGAAAACUGUGAAGCCAGAAAACCCGUUAAGUUCCGGCACAUCGACCGUCAAAACAUCUCCAAAUACCCUUAUACUUCCAAAGCCCCAAACCGGUCCGGUUUUGUCAUUAGGUCAAGGAAUUCCUGGUCUUCAGAUUCAACAAGGCUUUACCAGUCUUCCGCAAAGACCCCAAGCUUUCGUUCCGGUUUCUCAAAUAAACGGCUUAAAUGUAGCAAAAUUCAUGCCUUGGGCAGUAUCUGCAAAGUCACCAACUAGAUACCCAACAAAUGAAACUGUUAAAACAUUACUAGAAAAGUGCAAACCGCAGAAGGAGAAGGAAUCUGUAGCUCUUGAAAAAGGGCAACCUGGUGUUAUACCUGCAAUGAAUGAGGAAAGUACUGGUGUGAAUGUUACAAACAAUCAGAUACACUCUUUGCCAGAUCAACAGGUUACAGCUGUAAGCCAUUCUGUGCCUAAAAUAACACCUGUGACUAUCUUUAAAAACAUUGCGAAUAAGAGUGAUUCUGAGCAAGUGAAAGGUGUACUUGUAUCAGCUCAGCAAGGACCUGUUGCAUUAGAUACAGUGAAGAAAGAGGCACUCGUUUCUGCUGUUAAAGCACAACAGUGUGUGGUAACUUCAAUAUCUGCAGCUAAAUUAAAUACACUAUUACUUCAGACAAGUGCAGCUGGUGCAAAGUCCAUUCCAUCACUGAUAAAGUUGCCUAGCAAGGCUGCCCUAGACUCGGCCCUCAAGGCUGUUGUAACUAGUGUAAAUAUUACAUUACCUACUGUAAAUAUCAAAGUGCCUUCACCUACUUCUCUUCCUUCCAUUAGUCCAAGAAGGAAUGUUACAAAAACAAUACAAACAAUGAAAUCUCCCAUUCCAGUUGCACCAAAGGUUGUUACACAAAGUUCAGGCGGGCAGACAUUAUUAUCUUUUGCUGAUUCACAUACUGCCUCAUCAUCUCAAAUACAGACUGUGUCCUCCUCUGUUCAAGGUUCUUCAGCAUCCUGUAAUGUUGUAUCUGUAACCCAGUCUCAGCAGGUGACUGGGUCUCAUGAUCAAGACGGGAAAAGAGUGAUAACCAGACUAACACCUCAAUAUGUGCUCACACCAAAAGGUGUAAUGCAGAUGGGUUUUGUUAAUCAAAGUCAGCUGGCUGGUACUUCAUCUUCAGUUAGUCCAAUUCCAGUGCCUUCUACCAUCCAAAGUGGGAACCAGACUAUUUUAAUCCAAAACAGUGCUGGACAGUACCAGUUGAUUCAACAACCCAGUCAAGUUCUGCAGCAAACGGGUCAAGGAACAACUCUUCAACCACUUUCAAGUCCAUCUGCUGGACAGUCUCAAGGUCAAGGCCAAAAUUUACUACAAACAGUUAAGCCAGUUGUUGCCUUGAAUGCAAGUGGAAAUCCUAUCAUUCUGCCAACCGUAAAACCUAACGCACAGAUAGCUCCUAGCUCUUCCCCUCCGUCUAUUGUUCUACACAAAUCAACAUACUAUACACAGAAGACUUCACCAUCAUUAGUGAAUACUGUUGGACUGAUAGGAUCGCCAUCUGUAGCAGGAGGUACGGAUCUUAAAACGCAAGCCGGAGGAUUUGUGUUCCAGCAGCCAUCAACCACAGUGUUACAUCCUCAGACACCAGUUCACACUCAAUCAGGAAUGAUCUCACCUUUGCUUGGCCUACAACAGGGCCUGGUGUUACAAGGCGGAGUUCAGGUGGCCAGUCCAUUGGUUAACCAAUUAGGCAUGAACAUACUGCAUCCUGGUGUUCAAACUUUGCAGAAUGCUACAUCCAUGCAAGCAUCGGGUGCUCAAACCAUAAACCUUCUGCAAAAAGCUGCUAAUGCAGCACCAGUGAUGAACAUAAAUCCACUGUUACUAAAUGCUUCCCUUACUACAACUUCGGCAGGCAUGAUACGCCAACAGUUAAACUCCCCACUGACAGUAGCUGGUGGUUUCCAGCCAAACACCAAUACAAAUACAUCAUUAGCAAGGUUUGGAGUGAAUACUAUUGUGAAAGCAUCAACACCAGUGAUCAGACAGGAGCCUCGAAUGCAGCCAGGAACAGUUAGCGCAGCACACACAGUUACUACAAAUCAGAAUGGAACUGGUGUGAUCUCUCCAAUGCCACAGAUGAUUCAAAUGCCAGGAUCAUCUUUGGUAAUCCCAGGAAUAGGCGGAGCUAAUCAGCAGUUUAAUUUGAUUGGUCAGUUUGCUACCACACCUAAUUCUGCACAAAAGCAACUGGUUUUCCAGUAUCCAUCUGUUACACCCACAGUUACAAAUAUCAACUCCCAACAUUCGCAGACAACAGCAUCAAACGUUUCAAGUGUCAGUGAUGAUAAAAAGAUUGCUGCCCUUAAAAAGUUAAAAGCUGUGAUGUCAAGAGAUGGAAGCCAGAAAGUGCCAAAGACUGAUUAUGUGACCAAUUCUGUAUCUGUUAAUCAGGUAACUGUAGGCCAGAAGACUGGUCAGUCUGAUUAUUCAACCAGUUCUGUAUCUGUUAACCAGGUCACUGUAGGCCAGAAGACUGGUCAGUCUGAUUAUUCAACCAAUUCUGUAUCUGUUAACCAGGUUACUGAAGGGCAGAAGACUGGUCAGUCUCAACAGAAGCUUUUGCUCUUCAGUAUUGGAGGUCAGCUUGUAACUGGACAGGGUGUACCAGUCUCUCUAAGUGAUGGGGUGUUGAAAGUAGUUCCACAGGGAAAAGUGAAGAUAAAUAAUCAAACCUUGUCUCCUGAACAAAUCAAGCAAACAUUGGCAAAGAUCAAUGAGGCAGCUGCAAUGACCUUGAACCCAGUGAGUCAACAGCAGGCGCAAGAAAAACAUCCAUCUGAUAUCAAUGCAAUUCCUGUUAAAAUAGUGAAGGAAGUGAAAGUAGUGAAGGAUCAUAAAAGCAAUGCAGGAACCUGUCUGUCAUCAUUAAACACAAUAGAAGUAGUGAAGGUGAAGGAUGUUAAAAGCAAUGCUGGAACCAGUUUGUCGUCAUUAGAUUAUAGUUAUCUUCACACGACACAUAAGAAAGACAAGAUAGUGACUUCUUUAAUGAAUGGAAACGGUAAUGUAGUUGUUAAGACACAGUCAUGUGGAAAUGGACAGACUGGUUUUGUACCUCAAAAUUUACAGACUGGUUUUGUACCACAAAAUUUACAGACUGGUUUUGCUUCACAAAGUUUACAGACUGGUUUUGUUCCACAAAAUUUACAGACUGGUUUACUAGUGAUGAAUUCUGAUUUGGUUAAAGUUGAACAUGGACAGGAAAUGCAAGUACAAGGCCAGUCUAAAGACGCCCAAUUUGGUGUGAAAACUAUGGGUUACCCAUCAGGGUAUGUUGUUCGACAAAACGCUGUAAAGGAGGAGGAAAAAGAAGAAAAACCAGGUUUUGUUAAUAAAAACUUUGAUAUUGGUAAGCUUGUAGUAGACAAAGAGACGAAGCGUUUUGUUAUAAAAACGCCAGUGAAAAAUGAUCUCAAUGGGAGUGGUGAUGCCACAGAUAAUUUGAUCAACCAUAACACUGACAUAGAUGUGAAAAUAAAACCAGAGACUGGUAACGAAGAUGAUGAAAACGAUGAGGGUAAACUUGUUAUUGACGACGGUGUAAGUGAUAAAGAAGCUGCCCUUAAUUUAUUGACUUUAGCAAACCAGGCUCUUGGAUCCACGGUUGUAAAAAUGGAAAAGAAUGAUAAGUCAUAGCACAAACUUGUCGUGUAUGUGGGAGAUCAUAAAAAAAUUUUUUAUCACAGAACAUUCUUCAUUGAUAUUUCAUCGCCUUGGGUCAGUAACAGGUUAACUCCAAUAAAAUUGUAUACGGAUUUAACCCAUUACUGCACUAAGGUGAUGAUGUCUAUUUCAUAUUUUUUGUUUACUUUUUUGGAAAGAAUAAGUGUAUCAUAUUUUGUAUAAUUUUUUCUCAACCAUUUUUAAAAAGUCAUUCCACAACAAGGUUCUGUUAUAUAACAUGAUGUAUAUGUAUUGUUAAAACUGCAGGUGUCAUACAAGUAGACAUUAUUUAUAUAUCUGCAGCUCAUUUGAUUAAAUAUCAUGCCUAAAAAAUUACAAUUUUAAGGGUUGAUUGCGAGACUGUUGUAAGUCCUUCUUUAUUUCAUAUAAGUUACUGCAGUUUUGCAGUAAACCUUCGAUUUUAUAAGUACUAAAUGUCACAAGCAUUCAUCUCUUGACUGAGUUUCGACAACAGAAAUUAUUAAGACAGAUGAUAAAUGUCUCGUCUUAAAGAAAUUUGUGACAAGUAAUUUUUUCACAUGGCAUAACAGGCUCUUCUGUUACCAUGGUAUUGAACUCGUUCUAAAUAUUACAAACAUUUACAUAAGUUAUUAAAGGAACUCCACUCGGACCUAAAAAUGCAUUAAAAAAACAUUUGAAUUUUUUACUUAGAUUGAGUUGGGGCACUUGAAACAGAAAGAUAAUGAAAAGAUAUAUAGAGGAUAUUUGUUUGUUUUGCAUGUAAGAUUGAAAUAUAAUUUCACUGAGUGAACAUCAGAUGCAAUAUUUUCACGAGUGGCGUAGCCACGAGUGAAAAUAUAAUAGCUGGUGUUCACGAAUGAAAUAUAUUUCAAUCUUAUAUGUAAAACAAAUAAAUUUUCUUUUUAUUUCAUGCUUUUAAAGUGAUUUUUAGUAUUUUUUACUGAUUUUGCCGCGUAACGUCGCGCAUUCUCCUUUGUGACGUCAUCACAUCAUGACGUCACAUCAUCAAUUUUGAAAUAUAGUUCUGUUAAAUUUCUAUAAUUUUGUUACAUUUUUAACAUGAUGUAUGGUGACAUCGACUUUCUUUUCCUAAAGAAGCAAAAUUUACGCAUGACAGCAUUUAUUUCUGCCUGUUAUUCCAUUUAGUUAUGAUUUUCUUUUCAUCCGCAUUCAGAUAUAGUCCGGCUACAGUGAAAAUUAUAUUUUAUAAAUUUCACUAGUGGUUUAUCAGAAUAUAAUCAUCUGAUAUAUUACAAUAAAACACUGGAAAGCAUGAAAUAAGAAAGAAACUUUUUGAAAAAUAAAAUUAUUAUUUUUUCUAUUCGUAGCUCACUUUGACUGAAUUUGAAAGGCUCACAAAUUUUGGGUCAUUUUUUUGGGAUUAGAACAGUUAUUCUGGAAAAAUAGAGUGAGCACAUGAUCUAAAAUUUUGCAUAGAAGAUUUACAUCAAAUGGAACAUUAUUUCCAGUUCUGUCCUGUCAAAUAAACCUUAGUGGAGUCCCUUUAUUUUUCUGCAUUUUGGACACAGAAAUUAAUAGAAAAGAUAAAUUAUAAUGUCUUGUUGAGAUAAUGUAACAGGUAUUUCGUCAUAUGAAGAUAACAUAUUUCUCUGUUACCUUGGUAACAAACCCGAACCUUAAAAUGUUUUGUGGAGUUAAUUUCAGACCUAUGUGUUAAUUUUAGACCUAUGUGUUGAAUUCAGACAUAUGUGUUAAUUUUUAGACCUUUGUGUUAAUGACAGACCUAUGUGUUGAUUUCAGACCUAUGUUUUAAUUUUUGGACCUAUGUGGAAAUUUCAAACCUAUGUGGAAAUUUCAGACUUCUGUGUUAAUUUAAGACCUACCAAUAAGUUAACUUCAGACCUACAAAUGUGUUAAUUUCAAACAUAUGUUUUAUUUUCAGACCUAUGUCUUAAUUCCCAGUUAUAUGUGUUAAUUCUAGACCUAUGUGUUAAUUUUAGACCUAUGCCGACAAUAGAGCCAGGCCAGUGUGCACAUCUAUACAAUCUGACCAGGCUCUAUAUUGCAGGUUGAUUAAUUUUGAUUUUCAAAUUUUGUCAUUGAAAUCUCGGUACAUAAUGAUAGCUGGUUCUAGAUUCAAAAUUUACCAAUUUCAUUUCAACAAACAUAGAAGGUAUAGUGUUAAAUAUAUGGUCUUGCAAAAGAAAUGAUUUAAAUAUUUCUGUUAAGGCUUAAGCAUUGUAUACUUUGCUUGUGAUUUUUUUAAUUUUUUUUUAC